AUGCCGCAGCAGUCCGAAGCAAAGCUUCUCAGAGAGCUGACCGAAGUCCCUGCCGCCUGGCCUCUGGCGACCGUCAUCGACGCCUUCCUCGACUUGGCUCGUGGUCUAGCUGAGCCGGCCCGAGCUCGCGAGGUGGUGGGCCGUCGGCUCGUGGAGCUCUGGGCCGCGCAGCCGGCGGAGGCCGAGGCCUGGCUCGAGCACUUCGGAGAGCUGAAGACGGCGACGAGGCAGGAGAGGCUCUGCGAGGCGCUGCUCCGGCACGUGGCGGCCGAGUGGGGGAAGUACUGGGGCAGCGACUGGCGCUUCUCCGAGGCGGGGCUCCUUCGAGGCGAGCUCCGCUCAGCAGCGGAGCGGGAGCAAAACGCGGCUUUUUACCUGCAGCAUCAACUCCCCCGCGCUCGCUGCCGGGAGCUCGCGGAGCGGCUCGUGGCGGCGGAGAGCUCGGAGACGGCGCGGAAGCGUCAGAAGCUCGAGGAGGAGCCUUCCGAGCGCCGGCGCCUCGAAGAGGAGCUCCAAACAUCGCAGAAUCGCCUGGCUGUGGCGGAGGCGGAGGUGUCCAGCAAGGACGCGGAGCUCCAAGCCGCGCAGAGCGACAGUGCAGGUCUCAAAGAGCAAUGCAAAGAGCUCGCAACUCGUGCUGCAGUUGCGGAGUCAGCCGUGGCAGAGAUUCGGCAGGAGCUCCGGCAGUUGCAGGAGGAACAUAGCAAGUGCCAGGAGCAUUGCCAGGAGCUUGCGAAUCGCUUGGAAGCGGCGGAGGCAGACGCUUCCAAGCAUGCCCAGACCAAGGAGCUUCUGGCGAAGCUCCAGUCCCAUGCCGCCGAGAAGCAGUUGGAGGUGCAGCGGCUGCAAGAGGAGAGUCGCGGCUACCCGGAAUGUAUGUCGUCAGAAGAGGCCAAAAGCAAGAUGGAGCUGCAGCUUGAGAAGGCGGUGCUGUUGGAGCGGUGCGAGCAGCUCCGUCAGCAGCUCGCCAAAGCAGAAGGAAAGUUGGGUCAGAUGCAGGUCUUGUGGGAAGAGAAGGCCACUUACAAGGAGCGUUGCCGCCAGCUGGAGCGCCAGCUGGCCGAGGCGAAACCACCACCAGCCGCCGUUAGCCCUCCCGUCCAGGCCACACUCACCCGCCAAGGCCAAGCACCCAGCGACGAUGCGGCUUCCAGCGCGGAGUCAGAUCUGACCGAGUACAUUCUGGUGGACGACGGCAUAACCUUGGCCUCCUCCUCCUCCUCCGUCUUGAGCCACUCCUCUUGGUUUUCCGUGAAGCCCGACUGCUUCAUGUCCGAUGCCAUCUUCAAGACCCGCAGCUCCAGCGUCGACUUCUACCUGAUGGGCCGGGAUCUCCGGAAAGGGUCGCAGGUGGUGGCCGGGGACGACGAGACCAUUAUGGAGGUCUGCGAGGCCCCCGUUCUGUGCCAAGCCAAGGAGAUCGUCCGCUUGCAGGCCGGUGGUGCGACGCUGAGGGUCACGGCAGACCAUCCUGUGCAGAUCCCACCAGAGGAGGGUCCAAAAAAAGGUGGAGAGGGUGGAGGCAGCUGCCGCUAUGCCCCAGCAGGAAGCCUGAAGCCGGGUGCCUUGGUCAUGCUCGAUUCCGGGGAGCCCGCGGCCCUCACGGGCGUCGCGUCAGAAACUGGCGACUUUGAGGUGCUGAAACUCGCAUUCAAGCCGAACCGGUCCGUGGCCGUGUUUUCGUGCCCUCCAAGCAUCCUCAGCAAGGGCGCCAACAGCAAGCCGGCAAUCCGCCGUGCAAAGAUGGGGCAGCGCCGAGGUCAGGGUUCGACGGCCGAGGAGAAUGCAGAUGAAGGAAGAGCCUCCAUGCCGAACACGGCUGGAACAUCGACGGAGAUACUGCUGAGGGGCAUGUAG